AUGGGCAAUUCUUGGCCAACUGGUGUUGUCCAGGAAGAGACUGCGACCAGGGACAGAGAUAUCGCUCGCCGUUGGACUGAUGGAAAGUUGCCUGUGGUCAAAGAUACAACCAAAUUGAGCCAGGAUUCAUAUGGGCUAGACGAUGAUACGUUGGAAAACCCCCAGAUGCUGUACGUGUCCGGCCUCCAAAGCUCCUUUGACACGACCACCCUCGAGAUCGUCAGCGAAGCUGGCAAAUCGUCUACCUCGGCAGCGCAACGAGCUCCUCAGCGCAUAUCACCUCUGCAUCGCUGUGUUGCCUGUGGAGAAGAAACGGACUUUGUCAACGUGGUCCGCGCGCCGUGUCGACACGAUUAUGUCGUACCUGCCUAG